GUUGCAUUGUCGUCAGGCUUAUCUCAACGAUAUUGUGGGUGCUUGAGCUUGAGAGCUGUUUCGAUAUGGCCUCUUCUCUUUGAGUCACCAGACCAGCCUGGUGUGUGCAGCGCAUUCGCGCAUCGGCAUAGAGCGAGGGCAACCGGAUUCUUCGCCCCAAGUAGGACUCCAUGUCUCCUCAUUCGCUCUUCGUUGGUGGACCGCUCAGUGGCUCAGCUUCAGCGAAGCAGGCAAAUCUGGACGUUGAGCCAUCGCUCUCACGAGAGCUUCUGGACGACAUGACAGAAACAGCACAGAGGCGAGCGAAUGUCUCUCGCUUUGCUGCGGGCUGCGGGAAGGAUGGAGAUGGAUAGAGACAGGCAUGUCAGAGACACAGAACGAGAGGAGCAGAGCAAAAGAGCAAUAGAGACGAAAUCGGUGGCGCCGUUUGUAUGUUUCAAAACGGCAAGUCUCUAGUGGCGUCGUUGCCGCCCUCCAAUAUCGUCCUCUUCCUCUUUCUCUUCCUCUUCCUUGGGAUGUCGUGGACUUGUGGGUGUGCCUUCAGAGUCGGAAGGCGGAUGAGGCGUCGUUGCAUCGAUAGUGGAGGACCCCGGCCAUCUCGC